CUCCAUUUCCCAGCGUGCCUCAGGAAGGGCGCCAGGACUGCAUUUUGCUCCGGAGCGUCCAGAGUCCUGGCCUUGAGCGGGAAUCGCAGUAUCCGAGGUUGAGCGGCAGGCGGAUCAUCUCGACCCUCACUCCUGGUGUCUGUGUCUCUGGCGUAGCCGAUGCUGAGUGGGCGCCUGGUCCCAGGUCUGGUCCCCAUGGCUGGCCGGGUCUGUUUGUCCCGGGGCAGCGCGGGAUCUGGGGCCAUCGGUCCAGUGGAGGCCGCCAUUCGCGCGAAGUUGGAGCAGGCCCUGAGCCCCGAGGUGCUGGAGCUUCGCAACGAGAGCGGUGGCCACGCGGUCCCGCCUGGCAGUGAGACGCACUUCCGCGUGGCUGUGGUGAGCUCUCGUUUCGAGGGACUGAGCCCCCUACAACGACACCGGCUGGUCCACGCAGCACUGGCCGAGGAGCUGGCAGGGCCGGUCCAUGCACUGGCCAUCCAGGCACGGACCCCCGCCCAGUGGAGAGAGAACUCUCAGCUGGACACUAGCCCCCCAUGCCUGGGUGGGAACAAGAAAGCUCUAGGAACCCCUUGAACCCCAAGAGAGGGGGAGGACCAGGAUCCGAAUGGGCUGAGUGAGCACGAACUACUGAGGCCUUCCCUUCGAUACAGUCCAAGAUUUGUAAGGGAUGAAGACCCCUGAGCCCUAUUCUGUUAGGGUCCAUACAUAUUCUCCGAAGAUAGCAACUUGCUUCAGGUCAAAGUGAACCCAAGAAAAGAGAAGAAUCACUCACUACUGCUCUUGCCCUGGACUAUUCAGGAAGGGCAGCCUGGAUAGAACUGCACCAAACCUGAUGAGUUGGAAACAAUCCUAUACAUUAAAAGAAAUUACACUAUGA